CUCGUCGUGGCCUCAACGACCAAAGACGACAGAGCCUGGCUCUCCGAGAUCCCUCCAUCUCUCAACUGGACCAUCGCUCACUACCGUGUCGACAAGCCACUCUCCCCAGCGCUCUCCGUCCCCUCUGCAGCGGGCAACGAGGCUAUGGUCUACCUCACCUACAUCAUCGACAACUACAACGCCCUCCCGGACAUUGUCUUCUUCCACCACGCCCACCUCCAGGCCUGGCACCAGAAACUCGAUUCUCUGCAAGAGCUCGCCCGGCUGAGGCCCCAGUACAUCCUAAAGGCAGGCUAUGCGAGCACACGCUGCCUCUCUGGAUGCGAGAACAUCGUGCCGCUCGAAGGGGCAAAGCCGGGCGACUGGGCCCGCUUUCCCAAACUGGACAGGAAGACUCAUCUUGCCACACUCCUGCAUGCCUUUCUGGAACCCGAGAAGGGGGAAGAGGUUCCCAGCAGACUGGCCGCGCCGUGCUGUGCCCAGUUCGCUGUGAGCGGGGAGAGGAUCAGGAUGAGGAGCCUGGACUGGUGGGUUGACCUGAGGAACUGGUUGAUCAACACACCACUGCAGAGCCUGAACAGUGGGCGGCUGAUGGAGCAUCUCUGGCACGUUUGGUUUGGGAUGCCUGCUGAAUUGUGUCCGAGUCUCGAGUCUUGUCGGUGUCACGUAUUCGGUAUCGGUGAC